CGUAGCUGAGGCCCGGUUUCGCUUUGUCUGGUGCGGGCGGUGCUGUAUCGGAUCGUGCGGUUGGAGCAAUGUCUUACAUCCCGGGACAGCCAGUCACCGCUGUGGUGCAAAGAGUUGAGAUCCAUAAACUUCGCCAGGGGGAUAACCUAAUCUUGGGCUUCAGUAUUGGAGGUGGUAUUGACCAAGACCCCUCGCAGAACCCCUUUUCAGAAGACAAGACAGACAAGGGUAUUUAUGUCACGAGAGUAUCAGAAGGAGGACCUGCAGAGGUUGCCGGACUUCAGACAGGAGACAAAAUUAUGCAGGUGAAUGGGUGGGAUAUGACUAUGGUGACUCAUGAUCAGGCUAGAAAACGGCUGACAAAGAAAAAUGAGGAAGUUGUCCGGCUCCUGGUGACAAGGAAGUCCUUGCAGGAAGCAGUGAGGCACUCCAUGAGACAAUGAGGAUCUUUCCGCAAGACCAAAGCAAUCUUAAAUCAAUUUUCCUUGCACAGCUUUAUCUGAAGCAAGACUUCUCAAGGCCUUAAGACCAAUCUUUAGACAAAGUUAAGCAACUCUUGACACUUGUGUUUUGGUAAACUUUGGUUUUGUAGUAUCGCAAGUAAAACCAAAAUACAGUGUCAGGCAUGCUUGCUUCCUAAACCAGAUGUGCCCUCCACUUGCUUUUCUAUUAGACCCUCCUGUAAGCUCAGACAUAUAAAGUCCAAUGACCACUGGUGGCUGUGUCCCAAACUAAAACAUGGGGCUUGCCCUGCUGGCUUCCAGGAUAGCUGGAUAGUCACUGGGAGUCACUGUUUUGUAUUCUUACCACUUGGACAGCUGUGUCUACAAUUGCCUUUUCAUAGUAUUUCAAUGGAGCCAAACUUAUGUAGCUAUAGUGAUUUGUUCUAUAGUGGACUAGUGUUUAUGAUGUAUUGAAUCCACUAGAAAAGUAUACCACUUGUAGUUAUUUUUUUCCGCAAACUGUUAUUUGGUGGCUUUAAUGGUCGGAUAAUCUCUAAAGAUCUUUGAAUGAGCUGACGAGUGGCUUUCAUCCAUGGGGAUCUUCUGGAAUCCUGAGAUGAACACUUUUUAUUGUGCAGGCUGAGUAAUGGGAGUUGUUAAUAGACUAUUAGAUAUUCUGUAGCCUGAUAAGUGGGCUUUUCAUUUGAAGCUUUUGUAAGGAACAGUAAGUGCCUGUGUGAUUCCGUAGUCCCAUGCAAAGCCAGUACAAUCAGGCAGUAAUUGUCAGAAAAUGUUGGGCAUUGCUUUAUAUUGUGUUAAUGUAAAAUCAGAUUUUGUUGCCAGAAAGAUACAGUGGAAGUUAUUAGAUAAGUGAACAUUUUAACAUUUGUAGAUGCUGUUUUUUUUUUGUUUUUUUUAAUACCUCCCAUGGGUUGAGAUGACAAAGAUUUUGUAUUUUGAGUUAACUAAAAUAAAUUCCACAUAACCAUGUUCAUUAA